UGCAUUAUAAAACUAUACGUCCUGAGAACAACACGCAUGCUUUCAAACAACGUUUAGUGAUCGUAAUGUAAAUAUGUUCAGUUUUGUGUAAGAAUCACACAAAAAUAUUGUUUAAUUUGGAUUUAUUAACAAGUGAAAAUGUCCACCCCGGCAAUAUUGAUUCGUCAAUUUGUCAUCCCUCGUCAGUCUCGCCGGCGGCUGUCAGGCAGCGGGCAGCGCGGUGCGGCAACAUCGCCACAGCGCCGCUCCGCACCCGCGCCCGCGCAGCAGCCACGUCCCUUCACGCACAUCCCCGGACCCCUGGCACUACCCAUGCUGCGGCACUCCGCAUACGUACUGCCCAGGAUAGGUAACUUUCAUCACUCAGUAGGAUUGGGCCUGCUGGAGGGCCUUCGGACACGCUACGGGGACCUUGUGCGACUGGCAAAGGCCUCACGUAAGAGACCCGUGCUCUAUGUCUUCGAUCCUGACAUCAUGAAAGAGGUGUACGAGAGCAAAGUAACGCAACCACCGCAGUGGCAACGCUCUCCGCUACACGAACAACGCCGACACACCGCGAACCAACACACCUCACAGGGCGAUGAGACGAAAGAAAUCUGGUCUGCCAUUGGCACGCUGCUUCAGGAUGGAACUCUUCUCAACAACUACGAUAAAGUCUUCGACGAUAUCGCUGCCAGCCUCACGCGACGUUUGGGUGAGCUCCGUCACUUGGAGAACGCAUUGAACGAUGAGAUAUCGACUGAAUUGUACCGCUGGGCGCUGGAGACACUCGGCGCGAUGCUGUUUGGUAUCCGGCUCGGCUGUCUGGACGGUCCAGCUCAUGUCCCCACAGAUGAAAACAGAGCUAAAGAGAAGACGUCACUCGACGACGACACGCCGGAGACAUGUUCACUUUGGAACCGAUGUGAAGACGAGCUGACGGCUGCGGAGCGGCUGGUGCGCUGCAGCUUGCUGGUGGCGGGGGCCGGCCACCUCGUGCGCUCAGAACACACCCUCAAGAGGGACUCGGACACCUUCAAUACUACCUUACAAACCUUCGACAUGCAUUACAGUUUAACGGAACACUUCCUGCUGCUUGCGGUGCACUCGCUGAGGGCGGGCUCGCUGCGGCCGGAGCAAGUGUUGUUGGACAGACUGCGGCCGCUGCAGGAGCGCGUGUUGCCGCUCGCCUCUGAUGUUCUGUUAGCUGGUGUUGAGCCUCUGGCGCAAACAGCACUGAGCAUGUUCUACCAGCUGUCCUUGCACGCGGCGCAGCAACAGCGCGCGCACGACGAGGUAUCAUGGGGCGCAGCUGCGCGUGCUGCGGGCGCUCCUCAUCACUCCUGCACUCAGCUGCCCUAUCUGCGCGCCUGCGCCAACGAGGCCCUGCGCCUGUUCCCCGUCACCGGGGGCGUAGUCAGACGUAGCACCCAGGACAUGGUCCUAGCUGGUUAUGAAAUACCCGCAGGGGUGGACAUAGUCCUCGCGCACGGUGUAACCAGCAAAGACGAGAAGCAGUGGGGUAGAGGGAAGUCUUUCAUCCCGGAGCGCUGGUGCAGCGAGGGUUGGGAGCCUCUGCGAGCGACACGAGCUCAUCCAACUUCGUUCAAACCGUUUGGGGAGCGUUGUCCGGCGUCGGGCGUCGUCAGCAACAUGCUUGCAGCGCUCGCUACCAGAGUGCUGGACAGAUACAGGCUGGAGUGGCACGGCCCUGCCCCCACCGUGGCCAUCGCUGGUGUCAACAAGCUGCAACCACCAUACUACUUCGUGUUGCAAAACGCUAGCUGAAUUUUUAGGUCUAGAGUGCACUACUCUUCGAUUUUACCAGCACAAUUUUUGUGGUGCGCAAUGUUUUAUAAGCUCAUGAAAUGAACAUUACAAUUCUGUGAUACUAAAAAUCGUAGUGCGAGUUACAGUUAGUUUAUGUAACUUGUUAGAUAAAGCAUUCCAUAA